AUGAUUAAGACUAUCAUCUUCACCAUCAUGUUGGUGUCCGUUGCCUUGGCUUGCCAAGACGCCUACGACCCAGCCACCGUCACCAUGGGACAAUGCCAAACCCAAGACACCGCUAACUACAGAAACGUCAACGAUCUCCCAAUCUUGUCGCCAUCAGACUUGUCCGCCGAGGAACUUGCUAUUCAUGAGGCCAACAUGGACUACAUCAUCGACAUUGCCCGUGUUAACAACAAGAAGUUCGUUGCUUCGAUCUACUUUCCCAACAACACCCUUGCCUGCAUUGGUAUCAACACUGGCAAGCCAAACAUGAUUGCUCACGGAGAGACCGUCGCCAUCAACAACUGCACUGCCCUCCACGGAAUCCGCUCAUACACCAACUUCACCCUGUACACCACUGGUGAGCCAUGCGCCAUGUGUGCCGCUUCCAUCCUCUGGUCCGACUUCAAGACCGUCGUCUGGGGUACCUUCAACGCCGACCUCUACUGCAAGAUCUGCAUGUCCAACUUGCCAAUCGACUCCAACUACAUCUUCAGCCGCUACUUUGGUCUCCGCCCAACCCCACCCCGCAUCAUCGGUGGUGUUCGUCGUGCUGCCGCCGAUGCCUGGUUCGGAACCUACUGCAACCGUCCAACCUCGAUCUACUACAUCCCACCACAGUGCGCCUGCCAGUCACCAGACCGUCUGCAGCCAAUCAACAUCACCCAGACUGCCACCAACUCAUGGUUCGACGGCGUCAACCAGUACACCCAGUUCAGCGCCAACCUCAUCAACUAUGGCACCGACAACAUCCAGCAGCCAUCGUUCAUUACCUCUGAGCCAUUCAACCCAACCACCAUCUGGGGUCUUGUCCGCUCCAACUCCACCUGGGUCAUGGCCUGGAACCCAAUCCUCUACCCCAACCAGCCAUUCAACUUUGGUUACAUCACCGUUGGUACCGAGCCAGCCAAGUUCAUUGCCCAGAAGCCAUAA